AUGGCCAUGACAGAACUACCCACCACAAAAGGACCAAGCAGCGUGGAAAAAGGAGGACGUGGAAAAAGGAGGAUCCCGGACAUGGGAGGAGAUCCUGGCCGGAAGGGAUCGCCUUCCAUGGGAACUGGUGGAAGCAGCCAGGAAGGCGGAGGCAGCUGUCCGAAGCCUCCAGUGAUGAUCCAUGGAACGAAGCCUCCAGUAAUGAUUCAUGGCACGAAGCCUCCAGUGAUGAUCCAUGGCAAGAAGCCUCCAUCCGGAGCCCCCAGCGACGAUCCCCAGUCCGGAGCCCCCAGCGACGGUCCCCAGUCCGGGGCCCGCAGCGAGGCUGCCCAGUCUGGAGCCCCCAGCGACGGUCCCCAGUCUGGGGCCCGCAGGAGGGUGCCCAGUCCGGGGCCCCCAGCGACGUCCGGGGCCAGCAGCGAGGGUGCCCAGUCCGGGGCCCGCAGCGAGGGUGCCCAGUCCGGGGUCGGCGACAAGGGCCCCCGUACCAGAGCUGAGUCUGGUCCUUGCAGCGGCUCUCAGACUUUCACUCACUCAGCCCCUCGAAUUCUCAGCAGCGGCAAGUUGCCCAGUAUUUUACUGCCUCAGAACCAUGUGUCUGUGUCGCGCUCGAAGCAGCAUGGAUGUUGUUAG